CUGGUUUGCGACACCAUCCCGGAUCCACGAGCCGGUUGGAUUCACACCCACCACUCCAUCCCUGUACCGCGAGUUUUCGUCGUUUUCUGCAUCUCUAGAACACUGGAUCAUGGAGAACGACAUCUUGGACGCUCUAGAUGAUCUUGGGUACGAAGAUGCCUUUGACGAAACCGUGCUGGCCAAAGCCGUGGAAGCAGGAUCCCGGUCCCCAGUGUUCACCAAGCUGUGUGCCUGGAUCACAGGCGAGCUGAAGGGGCUGUGCAACCUGGAAGAGUGCGUCCAUCCCACCCAAAGUCCAGACGAUACAGAGGGGUUUGAGAUGGAGAUGAGCAGCUUCCUGAGUGAAUUUGGUUGCCCAUAUGCCGGUGUUAGCAGUGGGGAUUCUGCCCAGAGGUUCAGAACAAAAGAGAACUGCUUGUUACUACUAGACUACCUUCUGACCGAGCUGCAAGCUGCACAAAUGACACAUGCCAAUCACCCCAGACCUCCAUCCACUCCCACUGGCCAGGCCCCUGCUAGCCUGCACUCGGGUGAGCUGAAGGCCAUCUGUAUCACCCUGGGGAUGUCCCGCCCCCCUGCCAACAUCACAACCUUCCAGUUCUUCACCGGAGUAGAAAAAAAGUUAAGAGAGUUCCUGAGCAAAGUGCCGCAGGAUCAUAUAGGAAAACCCCUCAUGAAGCGUGCCAUGGCCCCAGGACAGUGGGCCCAACUAGACAUAAUUAAUAGGAAGUUGUCAGAAGAGUACAGAAUUCGUCGAGAGAUGUUGCUGAAACGACUGGACGUCACUAUACAGUCUUUCAACUGGUCAGACAGAACAAAGGGGAGGGAGGAUGCUGUAGCCCAGGCUUUCCGACCCAAGAGACAGGGGCUGUCCACACAGACAAACAUCAUACUGGCUGAUCUGCUGGCAGCAAGAGAAGACAUUGCCAGAAUCCAGAAGACCUCCUACGGUGCAACAAGACACUACUGUGCCAUCAACAAGGUCCUCAUGGGCAGAGUCCCAGACAGAGGUGGCCGUGCCUGGGAGAGAGCUCCUCCUCCAAAAGAGAUGCCGGCAUUCAAGAAGAGGGAGGACGGUGGCAGGGGAGGAUUUGGUGGAGGCAGAGGUGGUCAAAGAGGCGGGUAUGGAGGUGGUGGGGACCGAGGAGGCAGUGCUCGGGGAGGGAGAGUGCAAGGAGGCUGGUCGGACGGCGGAGACCAUGGCGGCGGCCGCGGAGGCGGAAGGGGUGGCGGCCGAGGUCGUGGCGGCAGAGGUCGCGGCGGGUGGGGAGGGGGUCGAGGGGGGCAACAUUACCAGCAGCAGGGGGGUCAGUUUGAGCAGGCGUUCCAGGGGGGUCGAGGGGGGUACCACGGAGGACAGCAGGGGGGUAGGCAGGUGUACUACAGUUGAUCACGGUUGGCUGCUGGCCAGUCAUACAGAGCCAGCUGUUGCCUUGUCACCAGUGUGGAAGUGUUCUAGAAGGUUCUCAUGGCUUCCACAUAGCAGACAGAUGGGUUAGCUGUGCCACUGAGGCAAUAUUUGUCACGAGAAGUCUACAAGUCAUUUCACCAGUCAGAGCUGUAUAAGCAUACUGUCCAGUGCAGAUUAACUACUUAUUCCUGACCACCUUAUUUCAUCUAAUUUCUGACACAAAGCAUCAUAUACUUAGGGUGAAAGUUCAUCUGAAUUGGUAGAAAUCAUUCUGAAGCAAAGCUAAAAUAUACUUUUUAACACUUGCUCUAAUUUUUGACUGUCCAACUCUAAUUUUCAACUGUCUAACUCCUAUCACAGAAGUGGUGGAUUGCUUAUUCCUUGACAAGACUGGAGUUGGACAGUUGAAUAUUUGGUUGAGUCCAGUUUUCUGGUUGGAAAUUACAGUUACUUUUUUGUUUUCUUUGGAAAAAGAUAGGAGGAGAUCUUUGUGAAAUAGCUGGUACCAAAAGCUAGCAAAAACCGUGAUCAAUGAGCCAGGGCAGUAAAAUGUAUUGUUCUUAUUUUUUUUAUGUCUGACAUACUACGCUAAACCAUCACUAGGUUUGCUUAUAAGUUGUUUAUACAUUUAUUUCAAACAACGGGUUUAUAAACUAGAUGUCUGGAAGAAGGGCUGGAUCAGAAAUGAGAAUUUAUGAAACAUUCACACAUUACAUGUGUAAUGACAAGUGUAUUCCAAUUAUUUAUGAUGUUGAAGAAGAUUUCUUAUUUAAUAUUUGCCAUUCUUUCAGAAAGAAAUGGUUAUUGUGUAAGCCUAUUUGUCUCUCAGAUUCUCUUCAAUCUAAACAGGGAAGGUCUUUUCCUAGUCCGUCGUUCACUAGACUACAACAGCACAGCACAAAUAAAGCCUGUCUUGAGUUACAUUUAAUGGUUGUAACCAUCUCCCUAAGGACAGAUAUUUUCACAAUAUUCUGAGAAAUUCAACUCUUGGCAGUUUGAAAGAUUGACAUUAAAUGUUUGUGGAUAUGAAAUUUAGUUGAACAUACCAGUUUCUGACAUGUAAGAUAGAACAUAGUUUACCGGUAUCAGUGCUUGCAGCUUCUCUUUGGCAUGAUAUAUACCAUGAUAUAUACCAUGACAUCAAACUGUAAGUCAGGCUGCCAAGUUAACAUGCAACAACACUUCUCCCUGAUAGCUGUGCAAAUGAAAUACUCUUUCCAGCAGUGAUUUUUUUUUAAUUCUUGGCAACAAACAGGCGAGAAAACAUCAAGACCUAAUAAAAACACAUCUCAUGCAUUG